GACGACAGAAUGUCUGGCGUCGACCACAGGGGAUGCUACGCUACUGGAAGAGAACCGUGGUCGUUUUCCGAUGCCAUGCUCUUCAGUCUGGUGCUUUUGACGACGUCAGGUGGUUACGACUAUGCCAAGACGUCGACUGCCGUAAAGGCUGCCAUCAUGGGCUACAUCUGCUUCGGCGUUCCGCUCCUCCUUGGCUGGCUUUUGCUGCACGGCAAGACAGUCGCACAGACAUGGCUUCUCGUGUGCGUGAACGCCUACCGGCUCUUCACGGGCCUCAGAAAACGCUUCCGGAGCGUGAGUCCGGGAUCCGAGUCGGAGGACGUUCCCGCAGCACCACCCAACGCGCACUGACAACGCUCUUCCGUCCAGAACUUUCGAUCGUGGCUGGUCACCUCAGCUACGCGCAACUCGCACCCAAGGAGCACAGAAGCAGAAUUCGCGUCGUCAGCGUCGGGACUCCGCAGGGCACGACCGUGGUUGUCAACCGCCGAGCCCUGACCGCUGCUUCCGCAGCGCUCUUCUGUCUCUUUCUCCUAUACGUACUCUUUGGUGCCGGUGCCAUGACCGCUUCGAGCUCCACCAGCUCGGGACAGACGAUGUUCGACGGUCUGUUCUGGAUCUUUCUUCAGUUCACAACGACGAGUUCGAACCCGUACGCGACCUUCGGCACGAGCCCGGGCGCUCGAGGAGGUUGGGCUCUUUACUAUGCGGUGGGAGCUCUUCAGCUGGCGGCUGUAGCCUACAUGGCCUUUGCUCUGGUCACGUGGAGGUGCGAGUUCUGUGCCGACAAUUGGACGGCACAGUCCUCGCAGGCUUAAAACGAAGGUCCCUAAGCCACAUCGACGCCGCAGAGCAGGCUGGCAUGGCCUAAGCAUUUGACCAAGGAUAACAGGGCUCAAACUGCUUGCAGAAUUGUAAGUUGUAGCUGAGUACAAAGGUUUUGUUGAGUCUUUAACGGGCACUGCAAACACUUCUUGAAGAUAGUAAGACGGACAAGAUGGAAAGCGCUGACAUGAAUGCAUCUGUUGCUCUCGCGUUGUCCGUGCCUUCCUUAUUGUCGGUGUUUUCCUUGUGAAACCCAUAACAUGAAUCAGUACCGACUUUCAGUCCUUCUGCCCCAUUGUCACUCUCAAGCACCUUUGUCAGAUGUCAAGCUCCAAAUGUUACCACACCACAAGCUCAAUGCCGAAAAAAGAAGACGAAAAGAGUCGUAGGCAGGGCACUGCUACUGGCAUGGGAUAGGAACCAAUGAGUUGAGUGGCAAUGAGGAAAGUAAACAUUGUUCUCACUAUACCGCCAUUCAUACGUAGUCCACUUCAAAACUUUUCGUGAAUAUAUUCAUAGAAAGCCAACGCACUCAUUCCACUACAUUGCUCAGGCUUCGAGAAGUGUUUCAGUGCCUCUUCAAUAACUCCGUAGUUAGGAAUGUCUGCCUGCUCGUAUCAUUUAUGGUCUUUCACUGAACCAAGUCUGCCAAGAGGAUUUUCUGCUGAAACAAAGUCCCAUGAGCUACUUCCCACAUAUCAGUACUUCAGCGAUGUUUGCUGGCUCUUGUGCUCUUCAGCACAAGUACGCUCCAUUUCAUCUUCACACAGAAUGGAGAAAGCUGUGUGCGGCUAUGGAGAAAUGAAAUGCUUACUGUACAGUUGCAAUGUUGAGACAACACCAGAAGCAGAAAGGUUUUGACUGGCAAGAUAUGCAACAGCACGGAGGGUUUGCUUUUCAAAGAGUAGUCACUGAAGCAAGAUCACUUUACUGAUCUUGUUUUAAAUGUGCAGUUUGACAUUGUUCCCCCAAAAUACAUUUCCUCCAUCCCUCGAAAAAUAAAAAUGAUUGGCUAAUGGUGUCGUCUUCAGUGGAACAUCCAAAAACCACAUAACUUUAUACGAAGCCAUUGUACUAAAAAGAUAACCACAUUCGCACUUACCACUCUCUGAACAACAUGAUAAGUCACCAUUUCAUCGUCACAUUACAUAUGAUACUAGUGCUCCUAGGAUAGGAAUAGGUACCGCCACUAGCGUGUGAUCUUGGAUGCUACUAUCUCUUCUUGCAGUUGCAUUCAGAACAUUACUACAGUAUGCAGUGCUACAAAUGCUGUUGGACAUUGGACACUGCUAUCAGUCAGUCAGUCAGUCACAGUCUUACUGAGGUCGAGGCCUGUGUUACAUGGCAUUUCACUUGAGCUUUGAUUCUCAUUGCUCUGCAAAGACCUUCAGGAGUAACAAAAAAGGCCAUGAUGUGUCUUCUGCCAUCCUGUGUUAGCUGUAGCAAAGACAACUUUAUGACACUCUGUAACCCAUUUCUUAAUGCCAUUAACCCACUGAAUGCCAGCUUUUUCUGUGUGUUGGCUUAUCAGACAUUUCGUGCUGCAUAGAAGCUGGUUACUUGUCAUCAAUUACUCCCAAUUCAGAAUCCAUAAACAGCUCAUAAAUCCAUUCGUCUGUUAAACUGCGGACGGACCUGACACACAGGCUCACCAUGACUGCUCUGCCGAGACAAAGCAACAGAGCACGGAGGCAUUUGCUCCACCUGCUGUCAGAAAAUUAACUCCGAAGUUUUGGGUGUUUGGACGACCUCUCCAUAGAUGGCACAACACUGGUU